UGACCCAGUCCGUUUUAGUAUGGUUACGCGUCAGUAGCCCACUUUCGCUCAACUGACUUUAACUCUGGAACGGACUUUAGUAUAGACUUCUAGAAAUGGGGGCCUAAACUUCACGAUGCUAGGGGACACGCCUAAUUUACUGAUACCGUACUAGAGUCAUGUUUCGCCCGCAAAAUGUGCGCAGGGCAUCAAGGCCAUGUAAGCCAGUGCGCAUACUCGGAAGGCUGUACUCGAAAAUCUCUGAAUGGGUUUCGUCCUCGAGCUCUUUUGUUGUUAUUUAGUUUGCUUGUGGUGUUUUUAACGCUGUAUCAUCGUCAAUGAGUGGAUCGAUUGAAGGAAAAAAGCGCCGCGAGUCGGUCGGCGUCAACGGCAGGCAAACGUCAAGCGCAGGUUUUUCUCAACCGCGGUGGCGAGGUUCUAAAUCAGUGACUCCUCGCCCACGUGGUAAAUAUCGUGUAACACUUCAUCACACUUCUACAGACAGCAAGUUGAAGACUCCAUAUGCAUCAAGGAAAGUUGUAGGGUCAGCAUGCUUCUCUGCUAUGGGCUAUCCUCGCGUUGUCAAUGGAAGAUCAGUUGUUACUCCACCAUAUAAUUCACUAAAUGAUCCACACCUUUCUCAGUACUAUGCCAAGAAGUUUGGCCAAGUCUCUGGAACACCUCUUGUUACUCAGAGAUCUCGGCCGAUGUCAGGGAUACAUGGAACUACACGAACUGACCUACUUGGAAAUUGUCAGUUUGUCCCAUACAAAGUGACUGUCAUUACUGGUGAUCAAAAGGCAGGAGGAACUGAUGCUAAGGUUUAUUUUGCUGUUCAAGGAACACAUGGACGAUUACACAAGACUCAUCUGUCACAACACCUACAAACUGAUUCAGUUAGAGAGGAAAGCAAAGGUGUCAGGUUUACUCGUAACUCAGUGAGGACAUUUCUUGUGAAAGGACCAGAUUUUGGAGAACCGGUCAAAAUGAGAGUAGAGCAUGAUGGAUUAGAAGAUCGACACAGUUGGUAUUUGGAAGAAGUACAGUUGACCAAUACAGUGAAUAACAAGUCUUGGCACUUUGUCUGUCGUCAGUGGUUAUCUCUCUACAAUAGCGACUGCCAACUGAGUCGUGACUUGGCACCAAUUGUACGCAGCGCUACAAAGAGACAGAAAACAAUCUAUGAAAUUCAUGUGAAUACUGGUGAUGUGCGAGGUGGUGGAACUGAUGCUAACAUCUUUCUUACCGUAUUUGGAGAGCAUGGCAGUACUCCUAAAACAAAGCUAGAGAAUGGGCAGAGUAGCAACUUUGAGCGUGGAAAAUCAUCUGCUUUCAAGAUGCAAUGUCACUCACUGGGUAAACUGAAGAAAAUUAGAAUAGAGCAUGACAACACUGGUUUUGGUCCUGGCUGGUUUCUUGAUCGUGUCACAAUGGCUGACACUAACAAUCCAGAGAAAGUUUGUUAUUUCAAUUGUGGGCAAUGGCUGGCAAGGGAUGAAGGAGAUGGGGAGAUCAAGAGAGACAUAGCAGCAUCUGAUGAACCAACAGUUACACCAGCAGCUGUACGAUAUACAGUGAAAACACAGACAGGGGAUAAACGAGGUGCUGGUACUGAUGCCAAUGUUUUUGUCACUAUAUUUGGGAAAGAUGGAGAUACAGGAGAAAGACGUUUGGACAAUUCAAAGAACAACUUUGAGCGAAAAAGAAUUGAUCAAUUUGUUUUGGAGUCAACUUAUCUUGGUCAGUUAGAGCGUGUUCGUAUUUCUCAUGAUAACAGUGGAUUUGGCCCUGGAUGGUAUCUUGACAAGGUUAUUAUUGAAGACCCUGUAGCUGGUGAGAGUUAUGAGUUUCCUUGCUAUCGAUGGUUGGCAAAAGAUGAAGAUGAUGGUCAAAUAUCAAGAGAAUUGGUAUCCAAGCAACCAGGUGAUAAUGCUGAACAUGUUGACUCACCACCUCCAGGUGUUCCUUAUCAUGUUCACGUUACAACUGGUGAUAAGAGGAACGCUGGUACAGAUGCCAAUGUGUACAUUGUUAUGUAUGGUGAAGACGAUAAUGGCCAUGAGGUGAACAGUGGAAAGAUUCAGCUGGAUAACAACAAGAGAAACUUUGUUCGUGGUCGAACUGAUCUUUUCAAUGUUGAAUCAGUUAACAAUCUGUGUCCAUUGAAGAAAGUUGUUGUUGGUCAUGACAAUAAAGGAAUCGGUGCAGGAUGGUAUUUAGAAAAGGUUGUUGUGGAGUGUCUAUCGUCUGGUCUCAGUCAAGUUUUUCUGUGUAAUGCAUGGCUUGACAGAAGUGAAGGAGAUGGUCUUAUUGAGAGAGAACUGUAUGAAUUGGACAAUUGUAGGCAAAUGCGCAAAGCAAAAAAUGUGUGGUUUGUGUGUGUGUGGACAACUGAUAUACGGGGAGCUGGGACUGAUGCGCAAGUGAUGAUUCAAGUGUAUGGUGAUGUUGGUACAACAGAUGUUGUGUUGCUGGGUAAUGAAACUGACAACUUUGAGCAAGGGGAGGUGGACAAAUUUAAGGUUGAAUUAUCUGACAUUGGCACACCAUACAAGCUUCGUGUGGAGCAUGACAAUGCAAAUUUAUUCCCUGGCUGGCAUCUUGACAAGAUUCAACUUGAGAAUGUAGCAACUAAGGAACGUUUUCUAUUUCAUUGUCAGCGCUGGUUGGAUCGCACAGAAGAUGAUGGGGAAAUAGUGCGUGAGUUAGCAGCUGAAGGGAAUGGCAUCACUCCCCUACCAGUAGUAAAAUAUGAUGUGAUGGUGUACACUGGAAAGAAACGUGGUGCUGGGACAGAUGCUAAUGUAUGUAUGACAAUAUUUGGAGAAAGAGGAGAUACAGGAUCAAGGCAACUGCGAUCAUCUAAAACAAAUAAGAAUAAGUUUGAGAAUGGCAAGGUUGAUCAAUUUCAUGUGGAAGCAGUGUCUCUAGGCAAUAUCAAUAGAAUAAGAAUUGGUCAUGAUGGAACUGGACCAGGAGCUGGUUGGUUUCUUGAAAAGGUGGAAGUGAAAGAAGGACAACAGUGCUACUUAUUUAUGUGCCAAAGGUGGCUUUCCCGUACUGAAGAUGAUGGACAAAUUGUUCGUGACCUUACUCUUGAUGGUACAGCACCCUUAUUGGAUACUACUUCUUAUCAUCUGGCUGUAAAGACGGGUGAUUAUGUCAGUGCUGGAACAGAUGCUAAUGUGUUUGUGACUCUCUUUGGUGAACAUGGUGAUACAGGCCAAUAUCAUCUCAAGCAAUCAGAGAAUACUGGCAACAAAUUUGAGAGGGGUCGUGUGGAUAAAUUUACAAUAGAAACAACUGAUGUUGGAAAAUUGGAAAGACUUCAUAUUGGACAUGACGGUAGUGGGCCUGGUGCUGGAUGGUAUUUGGAGGAGGUGAUAGUUGAUGUUCCUUCUCGUGGAGAGAGGUUUAUUUUUUUGUGUAAUCGCUGGUUGGCAAAGUCAGAAGAUGAUGGAAGGAUUGCGCUUGACUUGUACCCACAAGCAGACAUGGUUUUGUGUGAUAAAAAAGUGCCAUACCAGUUGUCAGUCCACACAGGAGAUGUGUCAGGAGCUGGAACAGAUGCUAAUGUUUUUAUUGUUAUGUACGGAGAACUAGGAAAGUCAGAUACGUAUUGGCUUGGGAACCAGACAAACAAUUUUGAACGUGGCAAAGUGGAUGUAUUUAAGAUUGAAGCAGAAGAUGUUGGUGAGCUAAGAAAAUUUCGUAUUGGCCAUGACAACAAAGGCUUUGCUGCUGGCUGGUUUCUUGAAAAGGUAAUUGUUACGCGGCAGUCAGGCCAGAAUGAACAACAAGAAAACUGUGUUUGGGAGUUUCAGUGUCAACGAUGGUUGUCUCGUAGUGAGGAUGACAAAGAAAUAGUUCGUGAACUACUUCCGAAAGGAGAAGCUUUUCAGAAUGUUCACAGGUAUGUUGUCCGUGUAUUCACUGGUGAUGUGAGUGGAGCUGGUACUGACUCCAAUGUCUAUCUAACUUUGUAUGGAGUUGACGGUGACACAGGUGAAAGAUGGUUACGGACAUCAGAAACAAACAGAAACAAGUUUGAACGUAAACAAGAAGAUGUCUUCACAAUUGAAGCAGCAGACCUUGGGAAAUUAGAAAAGUUAAAGGUUCGUCAUGACAACAGUGGAUUAGGUGCAGACUGGUUUUUGGAUCAUAUUGAAGUUGAUAAUGAGUUGGCACAGACUCACACUGUGUUCUGUUGUGGUCGUUGGUUAUCAAAGGGUCAUGGAGAUGGGCAGAUCUCAAGAGAGCUAGUACCUGAGAGGCUUGGAAACAUGGAAGUGGUUGAUGAGUUUACGAAUGCAUCUGUUGUGGGUGAAGCUGAACAAAAUGUAGAAAUUGUGGCUACGCCUGCAGAAUUAAUGAACAAAGCACGAAAGUCGGUUGCUAGUCUGAGUUCAGGCACAACAUACAUCAUCUCUGUGAAAACAGGCAACCAGUCAGGUGCAGGCACUGAUGCUAAUGUCUAUAUCAUUUUGUUUGGAGAAACCCAAGAUACUGGUCAGAUACAACUAGCUACCUCAAAAUUCAACAGAAACAAGUUUGAACGUAAUCAGACAGAUGAAUUUUCAGUUGAAGCUGUAAACAUUGGUCGUGUGAAGAAAAUCAAAAUUGGACAUGACAACAAAGGUGGAUUCGCAGGCUGGUUUCUGGAUCAUGUCAAUAUCAAUACUCCUUUGCUUGGAACACGUGAUGUAUUUCCUUGCAAUCGAUGGCUUGACAAAGGCAAAGAUGAUGGCGCACUAGAGCGAGAACUCUACCCAGACACAGAGGCACAGCAGGAAUACAUACCUUAUGUAAAGUACGAGGUGACAACUUACACCAGUGACUUGAAAGGUGCAGGCACAGAUGCCAAUGUCUUCGUGUCGUUGUAUGGUGAAAAGGGUCAUACGGGAGACCUGGCUCUAGUAGACACGAGCAAACACAAGCGAAAAGACUGUUUUGAGAGGAAGUCAGUGGAUGUCUGCGUCGUAGAGGGAGUUGAUGUGGGUGAUCACAUAGAGAAGAUUCGUAUUGGUCAUGAUGGUACUGGAAUUGGAGCGGGAUGGCAUCUAGAUAAAGUGGAGUUGCAUCGUCUUAAAGGGGAGGGCAAUGGAGAUCGCAGUCGUAUAUUUACCUUUCUGUGUGAUCGAUGGCUUGCACGUGAUGAAGAUGAUCGAGAAAUUGUAAGAGAGCUUGUGCCAUCUUUGGAGACUAUAGUCAAAGAAGAUGAGGCUCGUAAUCAAGUAAAAGUUCAUUCUGUGCAGCGAAAAGAUAUGCUAACUGUGAAACAGUAUAAAGUGCACGUUUUUACUGGUGACGUAAGUGGAGGGGGAACAGAUGCUAACGUGUUUCUGACUGUUUUUGGACAAUUGGGAGAUUCUGGAGAGAGGAAGCUUCUUAAAUCGGAAACACACAGAAACAAGUUUGAGAGAAACCAUGAGGAUAUUUUUACAAUUGAAGCAGCUGAUCUUGGUCGGCUACAGAAGAUCCGUAUUCGACAUGACAACAGUCUUAUGUAUUCUGACUGGUUCCUUGAUCGUGUAGUCAUUCAUGAGAUUAGCAGUGCAGAGGAUGAGAAUUGCUGUCAGUCAACAUUUCACUGUGAGCGUUGGUUGGCAAAGAAGAAAGAAGACGGGAAGAUUGACCGAGAGUUGCUGGAGGCAAAUUACUUGCAAGAAGUAAACAGCCAGACUGCAGUGAAGGAUGCACACCCAAAUGAAACAUUACAGGAAACUGGUCCAAAUGUGUUGGGUAGAAAUAGCAGUGAUGCCAGAAUCGGACAACCAAGAGUAUACAGUUCUCGUGUACCUUAUGAGGUGACAGUGGUGACAGGAGAUGCUCUAGAAGCAGGAACUGAUGCGGGGAUUUACAUGAUUGUUUAUGGAUCAACUGGCUCCACACAGGAAGUUAUUUUGGAGAAACAGAAUGAUCGAUAUGAAAGAGGUCAAACUGAUAGAAUUAAGCUUGAAUUGGAAGAUGUUGGUUCCUUGAAAAAAAUUAGGAUUUGGCAUGAUGGGAAAGGUCAACGACCCAGCUGGCUCUUAGAUACGAUUAUGCUCAAAGAUCUGAGAACAAGUCAAGAGUGGAAGUUUCCAUGCUAUAAGUGGCUAUCAAAGACUCAUGCUGAAGACAAAGCAACUUUGAGGGACAUACCUUCUCUUGUAGAGGGUCAAGUCACUGUAGAACGUACCUCGUAUAAACUUGAAGUUCACACCGCUGAUAAACGUGGUGCUGGUACAGAUGCUAACGUCUUCAUCGUACUCUUUGGUGAAAAUGGUGAUUCUGGUGAGAUGCAGCUUACCAAAUCAGACACACAUCGCAACAAAUUUGAACGUAAUCAGACUGACAUCUUUCAUUAUGACAACUUGCUAAGUUUAGGUGAACUGACAAAAAUCAGAAUUUGGCAUGACAAUUCUGGUCUCGGUGCUUCAUGGUAUUUGGACUCAGUUGAUGUCACUGACGAAGUGACAGAGAAAACAUAUCAUUUCAACUGCCAGCGAUGGCUGUCUAAAGAUGAAGAUGACAAAAGCAUUUUCAGAGAACUUCCUUGUACACAAAGCAGUUUAGUGGAAGAGUCAGGACUUGUUCAUUAUGAGAUCACAGUGACAACAAGUGAUAAAAAAGGUUCUGGGACAGCAUAUGACAUGGGUCUGGUGAUUGUUGGUGAAAAAGGAAGAUCUAAAGAAUUCCAGACUAAGAAUCGCAUUGGAAACCAGAGACUUCUACAGUGUGCACAGACAGACGUGUUUAAGUUUGUUUCACCACCAUUAGGGAGGCUAAGUGAGUUAGAAGUGCGACUUUUCAACAAAGAUGGGAAUACAAUUCAACCAGAGGAAGAAGAGUCAAGAGACAGCAGCUGGCAUCUACAUGAAAUCGUUGUAAGAGAUGUGAAGGCUGAUGACAAAUAUCUGUUCCCUUGCAAGUCUUGGCUGUCUGUUAAUAGUCCCUCGCACACUCUUGUCAACACCGAGUUUGAAGAAGGACGAACAGGAACAUUGAGAGGACUUCAUCCUAUUUCCUAUGAAGUGAGUGUUGUCACAGGAGAUGAACCACGUGCAGGCACAGAUGCUAAUGUUUACAUCACAAUUUUUGGUUCCAAUGGAGACACAGGCAAGCGUCCCCUCACUAAGCGAUUCCGUAAUCUGUUUGAGCGGAGGCAAACUGACACAUUCAAACUAGAAGCUCUUGAUUUGGGGAAGUUGACAGCAGUAAGAAUCGAACAUGAUAACAAAGGAUUUGGUGCUGGUUGGCUACUAGACAAGGUGAUUGUUUUAGACAGUGACAGACAGACCUCAACAGAGUUUCCAUGUGGUAAGUGGCUAGACAAGAAAAAAGGAGAUGGGCAAAUAUGCCGCAGUCUACUACCACAUUAAGCUGGAGCUGAAAAUAUAUUGCUGAUGGUGGAAGUUUUUACACUACAGCAAUGCAGAAUAGAAGGUUAUUCCACUAGAUCUUUGAUAUGAACUUAAGGACAUCUAUUGCACCACACAUUGAUAUUUGACUAAAUUUUCAAGUCUUUUCAAUUUGCUGUUUUCACAAGUGUUUUUGUUCAGCGACAAAUUGGUUUUUAAAUCAUUUUACAUAUUUCCCAACUGCAGAUUGAGGCUGCUAAUUUGUACUAUUUCAAAGACACGUUGACACAA